AUGUUCAAGUUUGGUAUCUUUCUGCUGGCCAUCGCUGCCAUCUUCGGCCUUCAGUGGUACUUCGAGGCAACGACCACGGAAGGGCAGUGUCCAGGCUGCGGAGUCUUGCAGAGAGGUAGCAACACAGAGCCCUUCAACUGCGGCAUGUGCGGCCUGGAGCUCGAGGUGAAGGAUGGGCAAUUCGUGCGGUAUAUGAAGAGCGGACAGGCUCCUCAGACGCCCUUCGAGCAGAUGCGGGACUUCGCCAAGCAGGCCGCAGAGACGAAGCCCCCACCGAAGGCUUCACCGAAAGCUUCGAGUACUGGUUCCAAGAAGAGCUCCAGUGCAGAGGUCGUUGACGUGGAGGAGUGUAAGAGAGCAUUUUUCGGCGAAGAAGAAGACAUGGCCGCUUCGGGCGAAGAGAGCACGGGCGCGAGCCGCAUUUGCAUCCUGGGAGCCGGGCCUGCCGGCUUGGGCCUCGCCCUUGGCAUCGCGAGACGUGGCUUUUCGGGGGGUGUGGUGGUCUACGACCAGGCAGAAGACCACGAGACGGCUGCGCGGUACAAUCCCGACCGGAGCUACACCAUCGACAUCACGGGCCACGGGGCACGUGCACUGGACUACCUGGGAGUGACGCAUCGCUUUGACGAGCAGUUGAUCAAGUUCCGCGGGAUCCGCAUUCUGCCGCUCGGGAAGGAAGAGCCGUGGACCGGUCCGGGCUGGACCGGGUCCCGCGGUGACAUCUGCCGGGCGCUGCUGCGCGAGUGCAGGGAGAACUAUCCCGGAAAGGUGAAGUUUGUGUUCGGAACGACAGCAGAAGUACAAGACGCCUACACGGGCACGGUGGUUCUCAAGGACGGCAGCGGCGUCCUCACAAAAAGCUUUGAUUUGGUCGUCGCCUGUGAUGGGGCUGGCAGCACGGCCCGGACCAAAAUCAUGGCAGACGUGCCGGGCUUCAAGAGUGAGAAGGCGUCUUUAACGAACUUCUGUACCAUGAUACACUUCGACCAAAACACAGAGGAGCUGGAUCCAUCCUGGUUGUAUGUCCUCAACAUCGAUCCCCCUGCUGUCGCCGGUGCAAUUAAUGGCGACGGGGGUCCCAGAGAUCCUAAAUGGUUUUGCCAGAUAGGCUUCAGGUGCAAGAACGAGUUCAAAGAUGUUCCCGACGCGAUUAAAUACAUCAAGAAGACAGCUCCCAAAGUGCUUCGGCAUGUUUCUGACAAAGAGCUGGCAGCCUUCGCCAAGCGGGAGUGUGUGCAUAUUGGACGGGCUGUGGUCUGCAACACCUUCAAUGCAGGGCGCUUGGUCCUGCUUGGUGAUGCCGGCAACCCGUUUCCCCCUGUCGGGCAGGGCAUCAAUGCAGCUCUGGAAUCGGCGAUGGUGCUGGACCAGUGCUUGGCGGCUGCCGAUUCACAGGGUCGGGACUUCGGCUGGGCAGGCGCGAAGUUCACCGAGACCUGGCUGCCGGAAGCCCACGCCGUGAGCUGGAUCGCCCAGAGGGUGGAGAGCGGCAACCUCUGGAAGAUGGGCUUGGUGGUGCUCGCUGUGCUCCUGCGCAUCAGUGUGCUUAGCGAUGCGAAGAAGGAUGACCGGAAAUGGUCCUCUGUGGCAGAGGCCGCCAAGGCACGACAGGCCCUGGGCUUCCGCGUUGCGCACCGUCUUGUACAAGCUGCAGUCUUGGGCCUCACAUUCUUUGCCGGCUACAAGAUCGGCAAGAAGCGCCUAGAGGGGUAA